AUGGCAGCUCCCACUGCAUUGACAGUGAAUGCUCGCAUGCGAGCAUUAGCGUUAUAUUUUCAUCAUUGUCAACGAUCAAAGCGAUGGAUUAACCACAAAACAGGCCGAAGAACCUCUUUUGGCCACUUACUGAUAAGACAUGUUGCCACCGUGGUCUCAGGAACAGAACUCGCCCUUCAGAUCCAUAAAGAAAUCCAAAGUGAUAUAACAAAGCUAGUGGCCCAAGGCAACAGAAGACCUCACCUUAGUGUUAUUCUGGUGGGUAAUGACCAUGCCAGCCACACUUAUGUGAGAAACAAAACAAGAACAGCUUCACUACUUGGCAUGUCAAGCAGCAGAAUCUUCAGGCCAUCAUCAGUAUCUCAGGAAGAGUUGCUGGAUCUGAUCGACAAAUUUAACAAAGACAGAAACAUCAGUGGGUUGCUUGUUCAGCUGCCUCUUCCAGGGCACAUAAAUGAGAGAGCCAUAUGCAAUGCUGUCGCCCCGGAGAAAGAUGUUGAUGGAUUCCACAUCGUAAACAUUGGGAAACUUUGCUUGGACCAGAGAUGCAUGAUACCAGCAACAGCAGCAGCCGUGUGGGAAAUCAUCAGAAGAACAGGCAUUGAAACAGCUGGAAAAAAUGUGCUUGUUAUUGGACGCUCCAAGAAUGUAGGAAUGCCUAUUGCAAUGAUGCUACAUUCAGAUAGAAGACAUGAACGGCCAGGAGGUGAUGCUACAGUUAUCAUUGCUCAUAGAUGUACUCCUCUACCACGACUGAAGGAACUUGGCAGUCUGGCUGACAUAGUGAUUGCGGCUGCAGGUGUGCCUCACUUAAUAACAGCAGAUAUGGUUAAACAGGGAGCUAUGGUAAUUGAUGUUGGCAUCAAUCGUAUCCAGGACCCUGCCACUGGUAAACUUUGUCUGGUUGGAGAUGUGGACUUUGAAGCAGUGAAGGAGAAGGCUGGAUUUAUCACUCCUGUGCCCGGUGGAGUCGGUCCAAUGACCAUCGCCAUGGUGAUGAAAAACACAGUCACCGCGGCCAAAAAUUCACCAACAUACUGAGAAGAAACAAGACGACGCUAUCAUUAAAAGUGGACAGGAUUCAAGCCAUUUCACAAUCUGGAUUUAUUUAAUUGGCACAUAUCCUGAUUGUAAACGCAAGCCCCUGCAAGCUCCCCCUUUUACAUCCUUCCCUGCCCGCCAGCAAGCUGUAACAGGCCUUUUGUUGCUGGCAUGGCAGCCAAGCGUGUCACUGACGCCAACUACACCCUAUUUUUAUUUUUUUACCUCUGUAAUAACCAUUAGGAUGAUACAUCCUUACAGAAACUGAAGAAUUGUUGCCUGUGUUACCGCAGGUGUUCUCUCAAAACCUUGAAAAUCAGGGGUUUGUAUAAGUGUUAUAACUUGUUAUAACAAGUGCUUCCCUACUGUAAUAAUGCAACCCAAGAGCAAGGACGGGAGGUUUGCUUACGUCACUCAUAGCAGUUUCGGUAGGUGCUUACAGUUGGCUGCAUUGAGGUUAAUUGGCGGUUAUUAGAUGACUGACAGACGGAGCUGUUAGACGCUGAAAUGAAAGGUCGGCAGCAUUGAAGACAUUGAAAAGGUUUAAUAUUUUCUCAGGAAACAUUUCUUAAGGGCACCAUUUGAAUUAAGAAUAACAAAACGUCAAAACUAAACCAUGAAUUCUGCUGUAUUUUAUUUAUUUAUUUAUGUACUGUAUGUAUGCACACACUAAAAAUGCUGGGUUGUUUUUAAUCCAUGCUGGGUAAAUAGUGGACUGAACACACCGCUGGGUUAAAAAUGACAUAAUGCUGUUUUUUUGUUACCCAACCUUUGUUUGUAAUAACAGCAUUUUGUCCAAUGUUUACCCAAAAUGGGUUAAAACAACCAAUUGGUCAUUGCGAGUGUGGUUCAUUGUUGUUAUUUAUUUAGAAAUGUUUGCAUUUUUGUUACAUACUUGUUUUUGUAUAGAACGUAUUUACAGUAUUUAUGAUUUCUAUUGCCAUAAAGGUAUUUGAUACAAUUUCUGUUGUUCAGUCAUUUAUGUAAAUGUACACAUUCCAAAAAAGUAUAUGUAUUGAAGGUUCCCUACAACAAUUUAUAAGUUGAGCAGGACUCUCGGACUGUAUUUAUUAGUGUAAAUAAUGUUAAUGCAGCGUUCGAAGAAUAAGACGGAAAUUAAACACUGAAUUGAACAUGAAGUAGUUUAGUGCAGUGGU